AUGUACCAUUCAGGGAGGAAACAACCUGGAAAUUCGAACCUAAUAUGUCAAAGUCAAAUCAACCUGGGCUGUUCUAAGGACACUAGGAACAGGGGAGGAGACCGCACGCAAAUGUCACAAAAACAAACACCGAGGGACUUUCUUAAGCUCAUUAUUGGCCGCCCCGUUGUCGUUAAGCUGAAUUCAGGUGCGGACUAUCGUGGCGUUUUGAUAUCCCUUGAUGGCUAUAUGAACGUUGUUUUGGAGCAGACAGAAGAGUACGUCGAGGGUCAACUGAAGAACAAAUAUGGUGACACUUUUAUUCGAGGAAACAAUGUUUUUUAUAUUAGCACCCAGAAACGUGGAGGAUUGAAAUGA